AAAGUCUCUCACAUUCCCUCUCUCCUCCCUCUUUCUCUCUUAGCCUCUUGCGUAGAAGGACGCAGUAGCUGGUACAGCAGCCUCUGCUCUACUCGUCAUUUACUAUAGUUAUCUCUCUAUUUAGGCUUUUUAGCCUACUCUAACUUCCUCUGCAUCGUUGAGCUGCUCAGACCACAAUGAACGGGCCAGUGAACGGAUUGUAUGAUGCUGAGCACUAUGGGUCAUUCAUGUUUACCUCUGAGUCUGUGGGAGAAGGACACCCAGAUAAGAUAUGUGACCAGAUCAGUGACGCUGUGUUGGAUGCUCACCUGAAGCAGGAUCCAGAUGCCAAGGUGGCCUGUGAGACUGUGUGUAAGACUGGCAUGGUGCUACUCUGCGGGGAGAUUACAUCUCGGGCCAACGUGGACUACCAGACAAUUGUGAGGGAUACCAUCAGGCAAAUCGGCUAUGACAACUCAGAUAAAGGUUUUGACUAUAAGACCUGUAACGUGCUGGUGGCUCUGGAGCAGCAGUCCCCUGACAUCGCCCAGGGAGUUCACAUUGACCGGAUGGAGAGUGACAUUGGAGCAGGAGACCAGGGUCUGAUGUUUGGCUAUGCCACUGAUGAGACCGAGGAGUGCAUGCCUCUCACCAUCGUCCUCGCCCACAAACUCAAUGCCAAGAUGGCUGAAUUGAGGCGGAACGGCACUGUCCCCUGGCUCCGCCCUGACUCCAAGACACAGGUGACAGUUCACUACACCCAGGAGAACGGGGCGGUGAUCCCUCGUAGAGUUCACACAGUGGUCAUCUCAGUGCAGCACGACGACUACGUGAGCCUGGAAGAGCAGAAGGAGAUACUGAAGGAGAAGGUCAUCAAGGCCGUUGUGCCGGCCAGGUACCUGGACGACAACACCGUCUAUCAUCUGCAGCCCAGCGGACGCUUUGUGAUUGGCGGGCCCCAGGGUGAUGCUGGGGUAACCGGUAGGAAGAUCAUUGUGGACACAUAUGGUGGCUGGGGUGCCCACGGUGGCGGGGCCUUCUCUGGUAAGGACUACACCAAGGUGGACCGGUCUGCCGCCUACGCCGCACGCUGGGUCGCCAAGUCCCUGGUCAAGUCCAAUCUGUGCAGGAGGGUGCUGGUGCAGGUGUCCUAUGCCAUUGGAGUGGCAGCACCAUUGUCUAUUUCCCUGUUCACCUAUGGGUCCUCCCAGAAGAGUGAGAAGGAGCUGCUGCAUAUCGUCAACAAGAACUUUGACCUCCGGCCUGGGGUCAUUGUCAGAGACCUGGACCUGAAAAGGCCCAUCUAUCAGAAGACGGCCUGCUACGGCCACUUUGGCAGGAAGGAGUUUCCCUGGGAGGUGGCCAAGAACCUCAACUUCUAGUGUGUGGCGCGGCAGGCAACGGGCAGCGGUGACAUGGGGAGCUGUCUAUGUUGACCAGUACGCGACAGCCAUGCU